GGCAUCCCUCCGCCGCCUCCAGACACUGAAACCCGGCCACGACUUCCCAUGAGGCCACCAGCAGAACUCAGCGCGCCCGCUCUGUAUGGGGCCUCUCACAUAUGAAUUGACAUGGAGGAUGAAGAUGGGACUUGUCUACUUGAUGUUUUGUGUGACCCCCAAGCCCUGAACGACUUCCUUCAUGGGACCAAUGAGCUGCAGACUGAAGACCUGCUCAUUAACUCCUCCUCUGGGGAGCCCUCUCUCUUCACAGACGCCCCGAGCCCCGUCUCUCUGCUGGGAGAUGGCAGGGAUUCCCCAGACACGCCUCCGCCUGGGUGUGUGGAUCUGUCCUUCCUGGAGGAGGCCCUCCUGUCAUCGCCAGAGGGUGGGGACGACCCGCAGGUGGUGCAGGGCGGGACACCUGUGGAGGCUGGAUUUGAGGGAAAGAAGGGAGAGGUGGAGGAAGUGGAGGAGGCAGAGGUUGCGUGUGAUAUCCUGCAGCAGAGCCUGCAGGAGGCUGAGAUCACAGAGCAGACCAUGGCUCUGGAGGCAGGUCUGCAGGGGGACAGCCUGUCCCUGUACUCCCCCGCCCCUCUCCUCCCGCCCCCCUCCGUACCGUUCAUACCCAAGUCUGUGACCUUACCCCAGAUCACCCCCGCUCUGCCCAGAGAUACACAGGCAGCCGUGGAGCCCCCACAGCCCUCCCUCCUGGCUGUUGGCCCGGGCUGCCCUUCUCUUAAACCUGCAGCCCCCCCUCAGCUGAUGGGGCUCCUGCCUGGAAAUGUGUUCCCUGCUGCCUCCCCAGAGACCUCCUUCUCUCUGAGUCCAGCCCAGGGGUCCAGCAUGAUCAUCCAUAAGGCUGUUCCCAGUAUGACCAGUCGUCCUCUCAUCACCCCUGCCCUCAGAGCGGCAGCAGCAGCUCCGGGCAUCGUCCUGCAGCGAGCCCCCCUCCACAUCCAACCCAAGCUGCCCAUCAGCAUCCAGCCCAGACUGGUUCAGAUCAGCCCCAAGCCUUCUGGACAGAAACACGCUCCAGGUCUUACAUUCGUCCCCGGGACCGGCUCACCAAAUAUUUUACUGUCACAACCUCCAGGCCAAAAGCCCUCCGCCCCCCAGCAGCAGCCCCCUCAGCAGCUCCACAAACCGCUCAGCCUGCAGCUGGUCAACCAGGGCGGCUCCUUCGUGCUACAGCCUCAGGGACUCUUCCAAGGCCAGAACCAGUUCCUUCUUCCAGGCCAGUCCCCUGUUACACUUGCUCAGUCUGCCGGCGCAGGCCGACCUCUGCUGACCCCCAGCCACCACGGACACCCGGUCCACAGCCUGACCCCUUCCCCUGGGCAGCUCGUGGACGGCUCUCAGAUCCUCACUGUGCCCCAAAGACAGCUGAACUUCAGCCCGGUCUUCACCCCUACAGGGCAGCUAGCGCUCCGCCAGGCCACCGUGCUUUCAGGACCUUUGCAGCUGCAGUCGGCGCCUCCUACUGUCUUCCAGAUGCCGGCACAGCUGGCUGGAACCUACACACCAGGGGGACAGGCGCAGCGUGCCACCCUGGUCCACAGUCCAGCUCUCGGGAACCACAUCACCCUGAUCAACAGUUCAGGGGUGCUUCCCCCGGAUCUCACUUCCAUCUCGAUUGUAAACGGUCUGCCCUUCGCCACCCCGGCCCCUCAGAGCACGGUGACAGACGGACAGCUGAGCCUCCAGCAGGCCUCUGUGGUGCUGCUGCCAGAGAGAGCUGUGCAGGAGGAGAGGGGCGGAUCAGAGGAGACCUUCCACCAGCUACCACAGCAGUACGGACAUGUCCUCCAGCAGGUCUCGGUGCAGCCCCCCUCUGCAGGUCUGCAGUCCCCUCCUCCUCCUCCUCCUCCUCCUCCUCCUCCUCCCCCUCCUCCUCCUCCCAUGGUCACAAUCCUGCAGCCUCCUCCUGAACCUCCUCCAGCUGUGGAGAUCCCUAAACUCCUGAUACCCCCCGCUGACCUGAGCCAAACAGAGGAGGAGACGACGCACUCGCUGAGUCAGAACGAGGCCUUUAUGCAACAUCUGCAACAGCAAGCACUUAGUUCUCCUCUCACGUCCGAGCUGUUGGUCGGAGCUCUGCCGGUGGUGCCGAUAGAGUCCCUGAACUCCCCGGUCACUGAUGAGCGAGAGACCCAACAGCAGACUCAUGCGGUCUCCGGUCAGGACUCGCACAGUGUGCUCUCUGAUCAGUGUGUGGAGGAUUCUCCGCUUCACUCAGACCCAGAGGACACGCCGCUGAUCUGCUCCCCCGCUCCGGUCCAGGACGCCGAGAAACCAGCUCCGGCUAGUUUCUCUCCUCCGGCUGCACCCGAGAGCUCAGUCUCCCAGAUCACAGCUGCACAGCCUCACAGCGAGCCACAGGUCCAGUACCAGGUCCCCCAUCAGGUCUCACAGGCCUUGUUUGCACGGAACCAGGUCCAGGUCCAGAUUCAGCCCUCGGUGCCCCAGCCUCAGCCCUCGGUUCAGAACAGUCCGCCCCCUCUGCGUGUCUCGGUGCCUCAGCAGCAGUCUGAACCCACAGCUGCUCCUGCAAGUCUCUCCAAAGGAGGGGACGACCCCGCUGUCCAACAGCACACACACAACAAGCCAACAGCUGCCUUGGUCGUGGAGAGUAAAGCGUUUACUCUUGAUGUCCAUCCGCCCUCUCCUGCAGCGCCGGGUCUCCAGGUUCAGGGGCCCCCAGCUCCCAGAGAGGGGGCCCCCACACAGACCAGCCAGCAGACCAGCACCAAGCUGGCAGCUCCGCCGGAGCAGCAGAGAGAGGAGAGGCUCACACCAGCAAUGCGCCGGCACAGGUUCCAACAGCAGAUUUGUUUGGACCACAGGACAGUCCACGCCCCCUUCACCGGCCCAGCCUUUUCCACCCUGAAGGACGCCGUCAGACGCCUGCUGCCGUACCACGCCUGCGCAGGUCACCUGCCCACUCAGGACGACUUCGACUUAGUGGACCAGGAGUUUGACAGCGUGUCUGGUUUCCUGCUGAAACGCACCAAGGACAUGGUCAACAAAUACAGGCAGCUACUGGUCCGAGAGGCUCAGCAGGAGAGCCCGUCAGCUGAGAUGGUGAUGCUGGAGCGUCUCUUCCUCCAGGCUGAGCGGAGCGCUUUAGUCGAGGACAGACGGAGAGUCCGCAGAGACCCAGAGUCCUUCAUGAUGGCCUUGGCUUCAUCAGCGUCUUCCCCUUACUCCUCCUCUGGCCCCUCCCACUCCUGCUCUUCCGGCAGCCCCUCCUCUCCCCCCGCCUGGACCAGACUGUCAGACCGCCCCCCGGGCCUGAAGACGUACCGCUCCAGCUCCCGCGGCGCCCUCAGGCUCACCAUCAAGCAGGAGUCCGGCUCCCGCAAGGUGGUGCACAACUCCGCCUGCGACCCGGGACUCAAGAGGGACCACACAGGUCAGCUGACCAACGGGGGCGGAGCUGUGACUGAACGCCACUCUCAGGCACCCAACGGAGCAUCCCAGCAUCCUCUGCAGGACGAGGAGAUCUCAAACGGAGCUCUGCCCUGCGACGCAGCAGAGGAAGUCCCACAGACGGCCCCCACUUUCAAAAUAAAAGCCCCCAAAAAUGCUCUUUCUAUGCCAGAGGCCGGUCGCUUCGAGUUGAGAGAUGUCAGCGCGCCGAAACUGAAGUGCUUCAGGUUGGAUGCGUCGCCUCGCUCGGAGCAGAGCUUCAGCCCUCCUCCGCCUCCCCCGCUCCAAGAGGACAACAUGCUCAGUGAACAUCUGCAGAGUGCCAUUGACAGCAUCCUGGAGCUUCAGCGCCUGCAGGGCCCCUCCGCAGCCCCGGCCAGGGCCCCGUCAGGCCCCGCACUGGACCAGGCUGUCACCAGCAUCCUCGGGGGUCACCUGUGAGUAACCCACCCUGACAAGACGUCCACACGGAUACACAAAGAUCCGUCUGAGGCGGGAUCAGAGAACUUUAACUUCUAUCUGUCCCCAGAGCUCCGAGGUCUCUGGGUUCACUUAAAGGAGCGAUUGUUUGACGGACGAGGAAGGGAAGAAAAAAUACAGAGGCACUAUACAGAGAUGCAUACCAGACAACAGCACUAUCUAUAGUCCCAUAGAUGUUAGAUACUUCAUUUCGAUGUCCGUUUGUGGAAAAAAAGUCUAUUUGAAUAGGAGCUAUAUUGUUUCAGUGGUAGUCAAGUCAUUCAGAGGUUUACGACACUGGUGUGAGCUUCAUCAGCAUAUAGAGUCUAAGUAAUAGUGAGGAUCAACGAGACGUGGAGUAGACUGAGAUUAUUCAAUAGUUUUUUAUAAGAUUUCUUUCCAAAAUGUGAAUUUCUUUUACAUAGUGCCAAGCUUCCAGGGUAUUUAUUUUGAUAAUCUGUGCCAAUUGUGUUUUCAGAUGAGUUGCAUUGAGGAAGGCAGUGUGUGUGUGUGUGUGAUGAGCUCGUGUGUGUGUGUGUGCAAAGAGAGUGUGUGGAAACAUUGCACCCUGCAGCGGGACAGUGCAUAAACCCCCCCUCCUCCUGCAGGCUCCGUCAUCUCGGCUUAUCGAAUGAAACUCCAAAGAAUUUGUGACUUGCUACAUCCUGAAUACACCAGCAAACGUCCGUGUCGUGUCUCUUCACACAAACUGGAGCGUGUGUGUGUGUGUGUGCGUGUGUGUGUGUGCGUGUGUGUGUGUGUGUGUGUGUGUGACGGAGCGGAAAGAACCCGAGGGGAACACAAAGAGAAAGAAAAAGAUUGAGCAGUCGUACGUUUUGUUGUUUUCAAAGUUUGGACCCGUUUAUCAUCCAUGCUGGAGUCUGACUGUGAAAUGAUUUGAGACUUGUGUCCCUUAUGUUCUGUCUUAAUAACAUUUAAGCAAUAAUGAGUUAGGGUUGUUCGGAGCAGUGAGGAAGAGGAGGAGGAGGAGGAACAGUUUUCACCCUCAUUAGAGGAAAACAAGCGCCUUGUUUCCACUGCACAGUGAGACGACUCCUCUCAGCUGGUCUCCUGCAGGAGUCGUGGUGAACUCCUGUUACUAAACCUCCUCUGAGGGUCUGAGAGAGCUGAGCGGACACUACAGAGUCUACAGAGUGACCUCUGGAAGCUUCACGCUGAGAGAACAUGCACAAGAGUUAGAGUUUAAAGAAAUGCUCAAACUGGAAUCAGAAGAUGAAAGAUCAAAACAGUGAAAUAAAAUAUAAAUAUAGGAGAAAAUAUAAAAUUAUAAGAGAGUAGUAGUAAACAUGUCACAGGAAUAAUUAGGAGGAAAACAGUCUUAAUUAUGGGGU